CGGCCCUCGCUCGCUUCUUGACUUUCAUAUUUUACCACGCGCCGCCCACUCUUGGAUGCUGCUUGCUGACUACGGGGAUAACCUGGGGAAAGCGACAAAAAACCAUCAAGACGAAAGAGAACAAGCAAGAGAGUUUGUUGACGACCCGUCUUUCUUGUCCUUUUUUUUUUUCAACCUGCUCCUGUCUGCACUUCACCAUUGCCAGCUAUCAACCCAGUGCUGCUAGCAGCCCAUCGUUCGUUCGUCUUAGCGGGCUUUGUCUUCCCCCUCACCAAGCCCAGCUACAGUACGACAGCUGCCUACGACUACUACUAGCGACGUCCACCAAACCGAGCCCCAACACGCUUCGCGCACGACACUACACGACACAUAAAAGAAAAGAAAAAAAUACCGUCGAAAUGGCGUCGACAGUAUCAUCAGUACAGGUCACUGUUGGCCCUAUGGACAUUCCAUCCAAUUAUCAUCCAUCAUCAGAUCCGCUAGACUCCCAUCAUCCUUCGCAUGAUUAUUCCGUCAGCGGCAGCUUCCACUCCUCACCUAGACAAUAUCCCUCCGACGUCUCUCAACCAAUUCUCGAGGAAGAAAUCGGCGAGUCCGGCAGCGAAUCGCCCAUUGAACCCGUCACUCCCGUGAGCGGCGGCCGUCAUUCCCAGGACUUUACCAGCGUUAACAAUCAUUUCGAUCAGGCCAAUUUGCCCGUGGACCAUCCUACGCCCACGCCCACCAAGGCCGCUCUCAAUUCUCCUCCUACAAGCGAUCAGACUACGCCCCGACCAGCCGAGCCACAACUGACACGCACAAGCACCAGCGCUGCCACAGAGUCUGACGACGCAAACGCUACAGGAACCCUUUCUAGACGCUCAACUCGUGGCUCGACCUCGAGUUUUCGCCGUACAAUGUCUAUGCUCUUCCGCCGCUCGGCGUCCAGCGUCGAGCGGGAUACGCCAGUCUUCGACUCCAACUCGCCCACCUCGUCCGACGUCGAGACAUUCAUGAAUGGCGGUAGCAGCCGUCCCGCCCCUCCUACCAGUGCUCCUCGUGACAUCUCCAACCCUCCUCAAAUCAUCGUCCGCCAAUCCACCUCUUCUACCACGCCCUCCUCCACAACACCAGACUCCCCGCUUGAGAUGGCCGGACCCAACCGCAGCAGCACCCUCUUUGGCAAGUCGCUGCCUACACCCGACGACUUCAACAAGAAAAAGCGCACAUCGACCGGCUUUACCCUCCGCAGCCGUGCCGCCAACCUCGUUGGUCGUGCCAACGGCCGUCCCAAGGUCCCCCGCCGAGCCAGCAGCUUCGACGCCGGCAACAACCGACCUGUUGUCGCUCCCACAACCACCCAUGAAGGCACAACAGCAUACCCGCCAGAGCGUCUUCCCUGGGCGCUUGCCCCCGAUGCUGGUACCGGUGCCAAGGCUCGCCGCAUGAGUCUCAGCCUGCCUGACGACUUCACCGUCGAUGUUGCCGACCUGCUCUCCGAGUUUGAAUACCAACACAAGCUGCUUGGCCGUCACGGUAAGCAUCUGGGCAAGGGUGCUGCGUCCAAGGUGACGCUCAUGGCUCGCAAGGGCUGCCCUGGCGAGCUCUACGCUGUCAAGGAGUUCCGUGGCAAGUCGAACCGUGAGAGCCAGGAUGACUACGACAAGAAGAUCAAGUCCGAGUUUAGCAUUGCCAAGAGCUUGCACCACCCCAACAUUGUCGAGACUAUCCGCCUCUGCACCGACCACGGCCGCUGGAACCACGUUAUGGAAUACUGUGCCGAGGGCGAUUUGUUUGCCCUCGUCCAAAAGGGCUGGCUCAAGGGCGAGCAGAAGCUGAAGGACCGCCUCUGCCUGUUCAAGCAGCUUGUCCAGGGUGUAGCCUACUUGCACGAGAAUGGCAUUGCCCACCGUGAUAUCAAGCUGGAAAACCUGCUCAUGACCAAGGACAGCAAGCUCAAGAUUACCGACUUUGGUGUGUCGGAAGUCUUUUCGGGUACGCACCCUGGUCUCCGUGAGGCUGGCGGCCAAUGUGGUCAGAACAUGAUGGGCGAGGUUCGCCUUUGCGCCCCUGGCAUCUGCGGAAGUGAGCCUUAUAUCGCUCCCGAAGUCUUGGCCAAGAUGGAUGAGUACGAUCCACGUGCGCUUGAUGUCUGGAGCUCUGCCAUUAUCAUGAUUUACAUGACAUUUGGCGGUGCCAUCUGGACUCGCGCUGAACCUGGUAACAUGCACUACGAUAAGCUCGUCAAGGGCUGGCAGAAGUGGACCGACCAACAUCCUGAACCUGAUGCCACUAUUACAGAGACAGACUACCCCAAGUGCUAUGCUCUGGACUUUGGUGUCAAUCCCCCUGCCCUCCGCCGCAUCUUGCUGCAGAUGCUUCACCCUAACCCUAGAAAGCGCAUCUCCAUUGCCGAAGUCAACAACUACCGUUGGAUGAAGAACGUGGAGUGCUGCCAGCUUGAGUCUUAUGAGGAGCAGGCCCUGACCAUUGACGCGACCAAGAAGGACGGAGGCAUUAGCAAAGGCAUCUCCAAGAAGAUCUUUUGCCACAGCCACUUGCCUCCCAAGACUUCCGGAUCGCAUUCUCUGGGCAAGAUGCCUGGCCAAGCUGGCUACUAAAACACAAGCAAGCGUGUCAUUCUUCUAUCGCUUUGCUUUUUAUUCUCAUACACCUUUGCAUCAGAUCAUUCAACAACUCAAGAAACAAAGUCAGCCGGGGAACUAUUAGACAACCUGUAUAUACGUCGUAGUCCCCAUGUCACUUUCGUUUCUGAUGUUGCUGUCUUGGUCCAUUUUCAUAGUACAUACUACAACAAAGACAACAAGCGUGAACAGAUGACACGCCUUUGUCAGGGCCUCAUAGGUGCCCUCAUUUUGUUUUCCCACUAGUUCUGGUUUUCUUUUGGUUUUUGUUUUCCUUUGUUGGACAGGGGCGCACGGAGAGGAGACUAAUGGCUUUGUUUACCUGGACACUGAGACUGGGAGGGAAGCUGGGGUUACUAAGGACUGCAUAACGGACUUCAUCGUUGUUUACUGCUACUACUACUACAUCGCUUCGACGCAAUACGAGCAAGCUUGAUGGCUGCGUUUUUUCGCCUCUUUUUAACAGGGACUUUUACUUCAUGGAAGAUAGCUACAAGAUACAGACGGCUAUGCCUUUCAUUUCCUUUUGACAGAAGCACAUACACACAUAUGCCCUUUUCUGGUGCUUUUUGGCGAUACCCGGCUUUGAUAAAAUGGAGACUGGUUUAGAUUUUAGCACGCACGUUUUUACGCCUUAUGCGCUAUGGCGCAAAGUAAGCGGCUAUGAUAAUAGAAUGACGACAUUUUCAUCUCGUCACAUUUGAUAAAAAUUCCUCCGUUUCGCUCUUGACUCUGUCUCUCGUGUUGGUGUUGUGGUUCUCGUGACAAGGCUGCGCCGAUGACGUCAGUCGGCAUGAACGGAAGACGGCAAGUAUCGCUGAUACAUCCGAUGUCGUGCAAAGGCGGAAAGUUUAUUCCCGUCGGUACAACGAUGUAUUGAGUAAGUCAAUGUUAGACUUUACCAUCCGUUCCGGGUAUCUCAGCGGCAAUAAUGAAGUAUAUAUACUGUCACGAUACGUGGUGGCGACAAGAGCGGCUAGUCAUGGCGAAAUAGGGUAUUGUAUUUUAUAGUUGUUAUACAUGUAACUAGAGAAGACAUCACAAAUAGGACAAAAGUGAGACAAACUUUCUCCAAAACAAGCUGGAUGUAGCCUUAGGCAAGCUUCUUCUUUGUGAAGUCAGCAAUCUCGUCGAGCAAGUCCACCGUCUCGGCAGGGCUUGCAAUCCACGCCGUCGUACCGACACUUCUGGCCUUGAAGUCGUUGGAGCCUGCACUGAGAAACUGAUCACCCACGUGGAGUGUGUGCUCGCCCUUGAUAGGCGAUGGAGCGCUAACAGACGCACUAUCGGCCGUGGCAGCAGCCGCACGGCGACCAAACCACUCCUGGCACACAGCGACACCCCAGCUCUUGUCACCAAUGUCGACAAAGACAUCUCGGCCACCGUUGAAGGCGCAGAAGGGCACGCCUUUGCGAGGAGUGGAGGGCGUUGCAGAUACGGUGUUGGACGCCUGUGUUGCGCUGCCGAGGCUGGUGAGCUCGAGAAUGCGCUGGACAUUGAGGACCGUCUCCUCGAGCGACUCGCGGGCGAUGCGCAUGUCAGGAGGGUCGGGGAUGAUGCCGACGGCGCGGUCCUUGCGGAUAAGUCGUGCGGGCAGGUUCAUGGUGCGGAUGCAGUCGCGCAAGGCAGACUCGGCGACGUCGAGAAGGGCCUUGAUGUCGGCCUCAGACCACGAUGCCAUUUCGGGCGUCAGCCAGUCGGCGCGGGGGACCGGAGCCAGGCGGUGGGGAGAUGAGGGCGAGUAUUCAAAGAGAUAGUUGGCCUCGCCGCCCAUAAUGACAAUGUUUUGCUUCUGGAUUGGGUCGAGGUCGGGUGAAGCUGCAAUGGCUUCGAGAAGGCCGUGCAGACGAGCGUAGUAGCCGUCGGCAGUGGUGUAGCCGGCGGCGGUGACGAUGCCAAUCUUGACAUUGUUCUUCAUGAGGGCUAUAGAGAGAAGACUACGUUAGCUGAGAAGAGGCUAGAAAAUAAAGUUAACGUACCGAGCAUGCGGGGGAUGAUGGGGCUGGAGGGUUCGAGAUUCUGCCCGUCUUCGUAGAGGGUGACAUCACCAUCAAACGUGGCCAGCUGGAGCGAGCCGUUGUUGACAGCCAUGAUUUGAGCGGAAUUGAGGACCAGGCGGACAUCGUUGAAGGAUGGGGCGACGUAGCGGCGGGACGAGAUGUGGCGCUUCCUGUCUUGGUAUUUGAAGGCGGCUUCGAGCGGGAGGCGUGUGAAGAACGGCCCUGCUGUUGGGACCAGCAUGCCUAGCUUGGAGGGCAAUGGUGAGGGUAAGCUUUGCCGAGCCACUAUAAGACAAAGAUGGUUAGUUUGAGGGUGUGCAACAGAAGAGGACAAGGACGGACUGUGGUCGUCAAUCAUGUUUUCGACAUCGCGCAUGAUUUCGGCGUAGCGACGGUGUGCCUCUGCGGCAGCUUGCUCGAGCGACUCGUCAUCGCUCACGACACCAGCAGGUUGGGAGUAGAGCACAAAGGGAACGGCGAGGAGAGCCUUGACCCAUUCUGCAGAAUUUGAAGUUGGUUAGUUCAUUGAUCUGUAUUGCCCAGCAAGAGGUGGAGGGGGGGGCGGGGUAACUGCACCAAUAAACUGGUCACGACGGUGAGUCUUGAGGGCGUCUGAGAGAUUAUUGUUAGCAAUGAGAGAUUCAUGUGAAUUGAAGUGGUAAUGAAUUCGCAGGACGCACACUCGACGCGGUAUCUCGUAGUCAUGAUGGGCUAGCUAGCUGGCUGUUGGCGGGCUGCUUAUCACGGAGCUCUUGGAGGCGAUGCUACGGCAAACUAAAACAAGCCACUGGAGAAGCUCAAGAUGUAAUAUCUGCAGCUGACGGCUAAUUAAUUCAGGGCUCUCUUUAGCGCUGUGAUGCAGCCUGGCGUCCGCUACAAAAAGGGUUUGCGUGGUGG